AUGUGUGGACUACAGAGGGUCAUACUCGGCUCAUUGCCAUUGCUCUGCAUCCACACAGCGUUUGCCUGUGAACUAUUGGGCCGGUUUGACAUGCCUAGUUUGUUCAAGGCAGGGGAUGUCAUGAUAGGGGGCAUUUUCCCUGUAUUCAACAAACAAGAGAACAGCAAUACCUCUUUUGUGAAGGAGCCUGCUGAAGUGAAGUGUGCUGGAUUUGACUUGCGGGCCUUUCGCUGGACCCAAGUGAUGAUGUUUGCGAUUGAUGAAAUAAACAAAGACAGUAGUCUACUGCCCAACGUAUCCCUAGGCUACAGGAUCCUUGAUUCGUGUGCAUCUCCCACCAAUACUUUACGGGCUGCUCUGACGUUGGUUAGCAUGCCAGAGGAGAUAGAGCCUACUGCCCCAUGCCUUCCUCCUAUAUCUGCCCUUAUAGCUGAAUCAGGCUCCUCUCAGUCCCUGGCUUUGGCUGGAACACUGGGACCAUUCAGAGUGCCAAUGGUCAGUUACUUCUCUACAUGUGCAUGUCUGAGUGAUAAAGCUAAAUACCCCACAUUCUUCCGCACCAUCCCCAGUGACUACCACCAGGCUAAGGCUUUAGCAGCCCUGGUCAAGCACUUCGGCUGGACUUGGAUUGGGGCAAUACAGUCCGAUAAUGACUAUGGCCGGAAUGGGGUCCUAGCCUUCACUGAAGAGGUACAAAAACUUGGGGUUUGCAUUGCGUUCGUUGGGACAGUGUUACGAACCUACCCAAGCAGUAGAAUCCUUGAUGUGGUGGACAUGAUCAAACAAUCAACAGUCAAAGUCAUCCUGUCAUUUGUUCCCGAGGGGGAUCUUUACCCGCUGAUGAGGGAGGUGGUGAGACAGAAUAUAACGCACAUUCAGUGGAUCGCCAGCGAGGCCUGGAUCACUGCAGCCCGGCCCUCCACCCCAGAAAUAUACAGCUCCUUCGGUGGGACCAUAGGAUUUGGGGUGCGGAAGAUGGCCAUCCCAAAACUACGGCACUUUCUCAUGGGCAUCAGUCCCUACACAGAUCCAAAGGCUGCCUUUGUGAGGGAUUUCUGGGAGAAGAUAGUAGGUUGUCAGCCUCUCUCAACCGGUGAGCCCUCAGGCUCUGAGAGGGGCAGUAAUAUGUGUACUGGAGCGGAGACACUUGUGGACUCACAGGAUCUGUUCUUCAAUGUCACACAGCUGAGAGUGUCUUAUAACGUGUAUAAGGCAGUGUAUGCUGUUGCACACGCCAUUAAUCGCUUAAUAUUUUGCAAAAAAGAAGGGGAAAGCCAGAUGAGACCGUGUGUGAAUCUAUCACAGAUACAGCCUACUGAGGUCAGUGAUCAUCUGAAGACUGUGCAUUUCAUAAAUCAAUUUGGUGAGGCUGUGUUCUUUGACGCAAAUGGAGACCCCCCUGCCGCAUAUGACAUCAUCAACUGGCAGCUGAGGGCAGGUCAGGUGCAGCAUGUGACUGUGGGCCAGUUUGGCUUAGCUGCUAACAAGGCCUACGAACUCAGCAUCCAGGAAGAUAACAUAGUUUGGAGGACAGGGAAAUCGAUUCCUGUAGCAGUGUGCUCUCAAAUCUGUCCUGUUGGAACCAGAAAAGCCCAAAUCAAAGGAAAACCUGUCUGCUGUUUUGACUGCAUCCCCUGUGCUGAUGGGACAAUAGCCAACACAACAGGAGCAGCAGACUGCAGCCCCUGUCCACAGGAGUACUGGUCCAACGACGGGAGGGACCAAUGCAUCCUGAAAACAGUCGAGUUCCUGUCUUACCACGAACCAAUGGGGAUCGCCCUUACCAUGGUGUCCCUGCUCGGAGCCUGCCUGUCAUUUGCCACCGUGCUGGUGUUCAUCACCUAUAAGGACACACCAGUGGUCAAAGCCAGUAACUCUGAGCUGAGCUCUCUACUGCUGUUCUCUCUCUUCCUGUGCUUCCUCUGUCCCCUCACCUUCAUCGGCAGGCCCACCGCCUGGACCUGCAUGCUGCGCCACACCGCCUUCGGGGUGACCUUUGCCCUCUGCAUCUCCUGCAUGCUGGGCAAGACUAUUGUGGUGGUAACAGCCUUCAGGUCUACCCUGCCCAGCAACAACAACAUCAUGAAUUGGCUGGGGCCCAAACAGCAGAGGGUCAUCAUCUUCUGCUGCACUCAGGGACAUGUGCUGAUCUGUGCUGCCUGGCUCAUUGCUGCCCCUCCCUUGCCCUUUAGAAACACCCAGGACCAAUGCUCUAAGAUCAUUCUGGAGUGCAGUGUGGGCUCCCAACUGGCAUUCUGGUGCGUUCUGGGAUACAUCGGCCUCUUGGCCUGUCUAUGCUUCAUCCUGGCCUUUCUGGCCCGAAAACCACCGGGCAACUUCAACGAGGCCAAGUUCAUAUCCUUCAGCAUGCUGAUCUUCUGUGCCGUGUGGAUCUCCUUCAUCCCAGCCUACGUCAGCUCUCCUGGGAAGUACACUGUAGCUGUGGAGAUAUUCGCCAUCUUAGCUUCCAGCUUUGGGCUGCUGUUCUGUCUGUUCGCUCCAAAGUGUUACAUCAUCCUCCUGAAGCCAGAGAAGAACACUAAACAACAUCUCAUGGGGAAUAAAAAGCACUUUGAAGUCAAGUGGCGAAUUGCUCGCCUUGCAGCGGAAUCCGGGGGUCCGACCUAUGCAGGGAAGAGGAUCGGCAUCUACCCAGACCUGAGUGCCGAACUGCUAAAACAGCAAACUAAGCCUGAGAUGCGGCUUUAUCCACCCGGCAAAACGUAUAUUGACCUUCCAGAACACAACACACACGUUUUCCACUGCCAAUGA